AUGGUUGCUGCUAUACCAAUCUCACUGGAGCUUUCAGAAACAACAGAAUGCUUCCAAGACAUGACUGUGAAAAGGACAGUCACAUUGGUUAUCAUUGCCUGGGGGGGCCGCCGAGGGUGCAGGGACGAGGGGGGCGAGGAGCAGGAGCCGAGCAGCGACAGCGCCUCGGCGCAGCAGGACCUGGACGAGGUCAAGUCGUCGCUGGUCAAUGAGUCGGAGAACCAGAGCAGCAGCUCGGACUCAGAGGUGGAGAGGCGCCCGCAGCCCACCCGGGACGCUUUCCAGAAGCCGCGGGACUAUUUCGCCGAAGUGAGAAGGCCCCAGGACGGCGCGUUCUUUAAGGGCCCCCCCUACCCUGGGUACCCCUUCCUGAUGAUCCCGGACCUGAGCAGCCCGUACCUCUCCAACGGACCCCUGUCUCCCGGAGGAGCGCGCACGGAUUGGGGCAGAGACUGUGUCUUCUAUAGGUGGACUUCAUUUUCAGAAGCAUCCAGAAUUUUCAACAAAAUUCUGGGAACUAAAAUGGUGCCUGGAACUGUGCUGGGAACUGGAGAAGAAGGGAAGAGGAAGAAAAACACAGGCUUCACCCUCCAGCAGCCCAGCAAGACAGGGGGACAACGAACAAGUUCUUGGGUUUUAGAUGAGAAAGGAGACUAUAUGUAUGAACAGAAAACUGGAAAACAGUAA